AUGACAGAUGUUUUAAACUCUGAGGGUUCAAUUAAUUUGCAGAAUAUAGAUGACUAUUCUAGCAACGAUGCUGACAAAAAGAAGAAAUUGGUUUAUACUUCUGAAUAUUUAAGGCAAUUUGACCAACAAAGCAAGGAGAAACCACCAUUACAGCACCACCAAAUUCCAGACAGCAGAAACAUAUUUAAUCAUGAAUUUGAUCCAAAGGAAAGACAAAUCUCAGAUUAUAUCAGUAUCAUUCAAAGACUAAAAGGUAUAAUUAUUAGUUCGAAUGAUGAUGGUCUAAUCAGUAGUAUGAAGCAAACAUUUGCUGAGCAUCAACAUGGUAAAAUAUUUGAAGACUAUGUACAUCCUAGAGUGCCACCCAUUCAAGGUUUCUCAUUCCUUGAGCAACCAUUACCGUUCAAUUCAUACUUUUCUGGUGGUUCAUCAAAUGUUACACCAGUUGUAAGUGGACAGCUCCCACCAUUGCGAUCAUCACCAAGAAAGAUUGAAACUCCGCAACCAAUACCAGUAACACCAUUGCCUCAACCAACUCCACCAGCAUACAAAUCACCAAGAAAACAACCAUCACAGAGCAAUCUCAAUCUGUCAUCGAUUUCUGCAUCAUCGACACCCUCAUCGACACCAACUUCUCUCACACCAACCACCAUCUCACCAUCAAACUCGUCUUCCAACAUUACAGCUGCCAUUGGUGGUUCAAAAAUGAAAAAGUCACCAUCGAUGCCAGUCAUUGCUAAAAACAAAGAUCUUUCAUCAUCAUUUGAAUCACUCAAAACCUCUUCCAAACCACCUCUUAAAUCUUCUAGUAGCAACACAAAUAUUACCACUACAGCCAUAAAGAAAGACGAUGUAUCACCAACUAAGAAAGGAUUGGUUUCCACAGACAACCAACCAAGAAAGCCAAUGACAAAAUCUGUUUCCAUGAGUUCAAUUGGACCAGACUCUCCAUUGCCAAUGAAGAUUACAAGUCUCGAGGAGAUCACUGGACAGAUCUAUCACCUGACCAAAUACCAAGCCGGUUGCAGAUUCCUUCAAAAGAAGCUUGAGGAGAAGCCCGAUGCCGAACAUGUAACAUUGAUUUUCAAAGAGGUCUAUGAGCACUUGAUAGAAUUGAUGGUCGAUCCCUACGGACAAUAUCUCAUUCCACAACUCAUGAAAUACUGUGACAACAAUCAGAGAAAGAUGAUAGUCGAUCGUAUAGCACCCAAGGUUGAAACAUUUGCCUGCCAUAUCUAUGGUAUCCAUGGAAUUCAAAAGGUUUUACAGUUCCUCUCACCAGAGCAAGUCGACACCAUCAUUGCUUCGAUCUCCGACAAGGUCAUCUCAUUGUCAAAGGACGCCAAAGGAAACUAUCUCAUUCAAUCAUUCCUCAAGACCUUCUCUCCCGAGACCAACCAAUUCAUUUGCGAUGCUAUCAUGAAGAAUGUAAUCGAGAUUUGCACUCACAAAGUAGGUUGUACCGUCGUAAAUAGAGCUAUUGACUGCGCCAACAAGGUACAAUUGGAGAAAUUGAUCGACUCGAUCACCAACCACGCACUCCAACUCGUACAAGAUCAAUUUGGAAACUACGUCGUUCAACACCUCCUCACAAACAAUAAGGCAUACGCAACCAAGCUCAUCAAGAGUGUCAUUGGAAAUAUUGCUGAGCUCUCUGUACAAAAGUUUAGUUCCAACGUAAUUGAGAAGUGCUUACAGGUUGCCAACACUGAAACCUAUGAGUCCAUCGUAAAAGAAUUGACCGAGGUCGACAUUCUAACGUUGUUGCAAGAUAAAUAUGCAAACUUUGUCAUUCAAACCGCUCUUGACGUAGCUGACGAGAACCAACACGCCAGACUUGUCAAAAAUACAAAUAUUUGUAAGAGACUUUAUUGUAGCAGUAGUAAUGUUAAUAUAAAUAUCAAUAACAACAAUAAAGAUAACGUUAGAGACAAACUAAAUAGUUAUUUAAAUGAGAAUAAUGGUCAAAAAAUAACGACAAAGCAAAGAGAGCUUAUUGAACGUAUAGUCAGAGUCGAUCAUGCUGGUGAGUUUGGUGCAUCACGUAUCUACGACGGUCAAUUGGCAGUUUUGAAAAACACUGCUGUCGGUCCAUUGAUCAAAGAGAUGGCUGAUCAGGAGAAGGAGCACCAAGCAAAGUUUGACCAACUUAUAUACGAAAAGAGAGUUAGACCCACGGUCUUAUCACCCAUUUGGAAUGUUGCUGGUUUCGGUUUGGGUUAUGUCUCUGCCAUGAUGGGAAAAGAAGCUGCAAUGGCAGUUACGGUCGCCGUUGAAACUGUUAUUGCCGAGCACUACAAUGACCAACUUCGUCAGCUGAAUGACAAUGAAAUUAAUGACCCAGAGCUAAAAGAGGUAAUCAAAAAAUUUAGAGAUGAUGAAAUGGAACAUAUGCAUAUAGGUAUUGAUCAUGAUGCAGAGCUAGCACCACUCUAUAAACCAUUCUCAGAGUUGGUAAAAAUUGGUACAAAAACUGCAAUAUGGUUAUCAACAAGAAUAUAA